GUUUAGAACGCAGGCGCCGUCUUGGAAGAAAGGCUCCUGGUGCUGGGCCGCGUUCCGGCGGACGGAGGCGGUUUUGACCGUUGGAACUUGCGAAUGGUGUAGGGCUCAGGCGACGUCCAGGCUCCAGAGGCGAGAGAGGGUUAGCUCAGCGCUGGACUCCGUGGGCACCUCAGCGGCUGGGUCCUCCUCCUCGGAGAGGUUUUUAUUUAGCAGUUAGAAAUGGAGUCGGCAUAUCUUCAAAAGAACCUUGGGACGUGUCUAACUCAAGGUCUUGCAGAAGUGGCAAGGAUGCGCCCAGUGGAUCCAAUAGAAUACUUAGCAUUGUGGAUUUACAAGUAUAAGAACAAUGUGACCGUGGAGCAACAAAGACAAGAGGAAAGGGCCCAGUUGGAGCAUGAAAGAGAAUUAGCUGUGAUGGAGCAGGAAAUGAUGGAGAGACUUAAAGCAGAGGAGCUCCUGUUUCAGCAGCAACAGCUGGCAUUCCAGCUGGAGUUGGAAAUGCAAGAAAAAGAGAGACAGAGAAUAGAAGAACUGCAGAGAGCUCAAGAGCAAUUUGAGAAGGAGUUGAGAAUGAAUAUGGAAAAUAUAGCUAAGGGUGAAGAUAUUUCACAUGGAGAGGAUGGAGCCGACUCAGGCAGAACACUAGCUGAAAUUAGUGAUCGAUAUGGAGCGCCGAACUUGAGCAGAGUGGAAGAACUUGAUGAACCGAUGCUAUCUGAUGUUGCAUUAAACAUUGAUCAAGAUUUGUAGGAUCAACCAACCAAAGAACAAUAAAAUUUUCUUCUUCUUUCAAGUUUCAAAAUAG